UCCCGCUCAGCUGGUGUAAUUACAGCAUAUAAACAAAUCAUUCGAUUUAAAUUUAAACAACAGGCGGGAGAUUACACUUGCCUCUACGGCAAAAUGGAUAACUAUUUUGCUGGCGAAAUCGUAAUAUCCGCUUCUCAGGCAAAUUUGGAAGUUACGCUUUUGGGUGGACAAAGUUUUCGCUGGAGGAAAGUAGGAUCAGCUGGUUUCAAUUUUCCGGAAUUACAUGGAGUUGCCUACAAUGCAUACUGGGAAUUAAGCCAAAGCGCUGCUGCUAUUUCCUACAAAGUUUAUCCAACACCACAAAAGACCACUAAGUUUCCGCGCAAACAUGACUACUAUAGAGACUUGUUGCGUCGAUAUUUGCGACUGGACUUUGAUUUGAAUAAAAAUCUGAACAGUUGGCGUGCAGCACAUGAACAUUUUUCAACUAUUACGCCGCACAUGAAAGCGGUUCGUGUACUGGAUCAAGAGCCACUUGAGAAUAUACUGUCGUUCAUUUGCAGUCAAAAUAAUCACAUUAAAAGAAUUUCCUCAAUGGUUGACUGGCUUUGCUCCAAAUAUGGUGAACGUAUUGGACAUUUCAACGAACGCGAGGAGUAUACAUUUCCAAGUUUAUCAGUUUUGCGAGAGCAUCAAUUGGAGCUGGAACCCAGCUUGCGGGAAGCCAAAUUUGGCUAUCGUGCAAAAUUCAUCGCACAAACAAUUGCCAAAAUUGACGAGUUUGGCGGCAAAGCAUGGUUUGACAAACUUCGCGCCAUGUCCUACGCAGAUGCGCGCAACGAACUAGUACGUCUUCCUGGUAUUGGUUACAAAGUUGCCGAUUGUAUUUGCCUUAUGUCACUGGGUCACUUGGAGGCUGUGCCAAUCGAUACUCACAUUUAUAAAAUUGCACAAACUGUUUACAUGCAACAGCAAUUGGCGCAGGUGAAAACUGUGACGCCGCGCAUUUAUGAUGAAAUUGCAAAUCAUUUUCGCAACGUUUAUGGCCCAUAUGCGGGUUGGGCACAGGCGGUGCUUUUUUGUGCAGAUUUGCAACAAUUUCAGACAACAAAAGAAUCGGCUGCCGCAGUGUCCAGUGUCCAGAGGAAAUCGGAGAGUUCUUGCGCUAAGCCAAAGAAGAAACGAAAAUAAAAAAAAAAUUGCAUGUUGCAAAAGCGUUUCUUUUUAGUUUAUUUUUUUUUUGAGAAAUAUAUUCUAUGUUGAAUUGUAUUUCACUGUGUUGUGUUGCAUAACAGUAAAAUUCUUUGAAUUUUA